AUGGGUCAUUCUCUGAGAGACCACGCCUCCUUCGUUCGUCCGUCCACUCGCGACCGGCCGUCAACCCGCGACCAAGGCGAGAACUCGCUUGUCGUCCCUAGUCGCACCUCCUCACUUCACUCCCGCAUUACGCAACCCAUCCCUUCGCAAGCCAAUACGAAAGCUUCUCAGCGAACCCCCAAAACCCUCACUCAUGCCUACAUGGUUUGCGGUGUUGGUCGGGAACCGUCCCAAUGGGUCCGGGCUCCCGCGCCAGCGCAGGGAAAGAUUGGUCACAUGAAAGGAGCCGUGGGCCAGUUUUGGUUGCCGGAGAUCCUGGGAAGCAGUCCCCGUCUGGAACAAGAUAAUGAAAUCGCCAAAUCCUUGCAUUCGGCCAUGAGGGCAUGCUUCCCUCACGAUGUAGAGAUCUGCACCGGCAAGAACCAGCCUCACUGCGUCCAUCAUGCCUUCGUUCUGCAGCAGGAUUCCUCUCACACCCUCUACGGUAUCGCCCUGCGAGUAUGGUCCCGCGCAGACGACAAGCGUGCAGAAACGAUCCGCGAAUUGCGCAAGAAAACGGAACCCGAUUUCUACGAUAACCCGGAAGAGACUUACUGGAUCCCAUACUGCCUGAGUUUCCUUUCCCGCUACCCACUCUACGACCUCCUGGGCGACUAUCUCCGUGGCAUGUGGAUUCAUUGGAACAAGGCCACCAACUUGUUCCAUGCGGAGGAGGUUUCGCGGAUUCUGAGCUUUCCCGCGCCCCGCCUCAACGACCUGGUUCGCAUCGAUAUGAAGGACUACGCUCUGUGCUAUCAGUUCCCAUCGUCCCCGACGGGCUUCCAGAACUUCUCCAUGUGGCCCCUCUUCACCUGUCUGUCAAUCCCAAAUGUGGUGGGUGUUGUUGAAGCCGCCGUAUCGCCGACACGUCGUAUCAUCUUCGUCAGCCACUACCCAGCCAUGCUCACCAUGGCUGCGGAAACCAUCCGCUACUGCGUUCGCAUUUACGAAUGGAGUGGACUGUAUGUCCCCGUUGUCCACGCUCGUCACAUUAAGGAUUUGGUUCAAGAGCCCGGCCCGUACAUUCUCGGUGUCACGGCUGAGUGCCGAACCUUGUUUAACGCUCCCUCUGAUGCUCUGGUCGUGGAUCUGGACCGCAAUUUCGUCCUGACAUCGAGCCCGCCCGAUGUUCUGACUCCCGGUCAGCGCACCAAGUUCAUCAACCGGUUGACCCAGGCCUUGAAUGGUGAUGUUUCACCCUCGGGUGUUCCCAACCACCUCCGUUCUGCUUAUGCCGGUGGCAAACUCAUCCCCGCUGGGCAGAUCAUCGUGAUGCGGGGUGAGGUUGAGAGCGUCCAGGAUCCUUCUUGGUGGAACCAGGAUGCUGUGAUGAACGUUAUGGAUCAUGUGUGCGAGAAGUUGGGACGCAACACUGGCAUGAAGGCCAUCUUUGGUGGCUCUGUUAAGAAGCCUCUCAUGACCAAGGUUUCCAUGCGCCAUCUGAAUGAAAUUGUUCGUGAGAGGAACCAGUACUCUCGCGAUGCGAUGGAAGCUUGGCAGGAUUUCAUCAACCUCAAGGGUCGCAUGGACACCGAGCUCAGCAAGGUCACCAAGCGCAACAACUUCCUGGUUGAGGAGCUGGAGACCUGGAAGCAGCAGUUCCUCAAGUUCCAGGCUUUCGCUGAGACGCUCACCAAGGAAACCUCUGAGCUCAAGGUUAAGAUUGAGAACCACAAGCGCGAGAAUCGUCGUCUUACUGGUCUCAUUGACCAGCAGAAGGAUGAUGUGGCUCGUCUCUCUCUCCGCCUGUCCGGCACGGAGAAGCAGCGCGACGAUGCUCUGGAAGCGUUGGUUCUCCAACAGGAAAUUGCUGAAGAGCUCGAACGCGAGAGGAAGCGCAACCAGAAGGAGCUUGCUUCUUUGCAGCACUCCAAUGCCUCCCUCACGCGGCAACGCGAUGAGGCCCAGCGCGUGGUGCUGGGUCUCCGCAGCCUUAUUAAUGGCCAGACACAUCACAUGGAGCACAUUGUCCGUUCGAUUGGUAGCUCUACCGACCUGACCGAGCUGCCCGAACCGGAGGCCGCCGUCGAGGCCAAGGAAGCCGGACAGGAUGCUGAGACACCGAGAGAAUCUGCUGUGUCAUCGCGACGCUCUAGUGCCAACAUCUCGGCGAAGAGCGUCGCCAACAAUGUGAGCCCUGACUUGGAGCAACAUCUCCUCAGCAUGGGUAAAAGUCACAACCGUCUUGCACGUCUCAGCAUAACUGAUGUUGCAGAUCGCUACCUGCGUGACAAGACUGAUGCAAUUUCCGACAUCAUCCGCAGCAUCAGUGAGCAGUGUGCUGCCGCUGUGGAAGGCCUACAGCUCGCUCAAGAUGCCGAGGAUGAUGACCUCCCCGCAUCCGGCAAGACAACCCCAAAUGGAAGCCGUCGUCUGACGACUGACGGACUUCGUGGGCACUUGACACCAGCUGGUAGUGAGAUGGGAGACGGCGACAACCACUCGCUGCACCCCGACCACCGGCGCUCUAGUGUCCCGCCGACCCCAGACCUGGUGCACAACCGGUCCAGCACAUCGAUGUCGAUGGUCAGCAGCUCGACGUUCCCGGAGAGGUCGAGUCAACAAUAUGGGCCUGGCGAGAUCCCGACCCGGAUCAUCGAGGAUGAUGAUGAGCGCGCUCAUGAGACCGAUGGUCUUGAUGACCACACUGAGACAGGCACUCUGUCCAAGCAGGCCAGCGAGGACCUCAUUCGGGCCGGCUCUUCCCGACUGGUUGCGUAA